AUGGCAAUGGCAAUGGAAAAUGAUAAAACAUUAUGUGAUAUAUGCAAUGAAGAAAAAUUGACACAUCUUUGUGAAGGAUGUUCAAAAAAAUUCUGUUGGAUGGAUUUAACAGAACAUCAUCAAAUGUUAACUAAUGAAUUACGACAAAUUGAUAUUGAUUAUGCACAAGAUUGUAAAAAAUUUGUUAUGGAAUAUUUACCAACAUCCUGUAAUAAUAUUCAAAUGAAAUUGGCUGAUUUACAUGAACAAACCAAACAAAUUCUUAAUGAUAAUGAUUUUAAUGAAAUUAAUAUACAUUAUUUCAAAAAUCAACUAAUAGAAAUCAGACAAGUAUUAGAUAAUCCAACAAAGAUUAUUAUUAAAGAUUUGCAACCGUUUAUUACCCAGGGCAAAGACAACGGCACCGUAAACGAUCUUAAACGGUUCCAAAACGUUGCCGUAAUGGUUAACAUGGUAUGUAAUGAAGAAAACAUAAUUUAUCCUUCUAAAGGAUGUGCAAAAGAAUUUUGUUUCGAUCAUUUAAAACAACAUCAAAUAAUAUUAAACGUUGAAUUACAUAAUAUUAUUGAUGAUCACUAUCAAUAUGAACAAAGAACUCAUGAACAAAAAGAAAAUCCAUAUAAUCAAUCAUUAAUAAAUGCAAUUGAUCAAUGGCAAAAAAAUUCAACUACAAGCAGCAGAUUGUAA